AUGUCAACAGCGACCCUUAAGAUGCCCGCCUCUCGUGCUAUCGACAGCGCAAAGCAAACCUCAGAAUCAGCCCUCGCUGACGCGUCCGCGGUCAUGAAGAACGCAGCAGAGAACCCUAAACAAGCAACACAAAGCUUCCUCCAUACGCCAUUCGUACGUGCAGCACUGCCCUUCAUCAAUGGAGGCCUAGCAGGCAUGACUGCCACCACAGUCAUCCAACCGGUGGACAUGGUCAAAGUAAGACUACAACUCGCGGGCGAAGGCGCAAAGACAGGCCCGAAGCCCACCCCGGUGUCCGUAUUCAGGGAGAUAGUCGCUAGCGGAAAAGCGCUAGAUCUCUACACGGGUCUCAGUGCUGGCCUUCUCCGCCAAGCCGUAUACACAACUGCCCGUCUCGGCUUCUUCGACACGUUCAUGAAGUCCCUGACCGCAUCUGCGGAAUCCAAGGGCCAGAAAAUCGGGUUCAAGGAACGCGCCGGGGCGGGUCUUGCUGCAGGUGGUCUUGCAGCAAUGGUUGGGAAUCCGGCCGACUUAGCCCUAAUCCGCAUGCAAUCCGACGGACUGAAGCCCCUCGCCCAACGUGCAAACUACACGUCCGUUAUCGACGCACUGGUCCGCAUCUCCAAGGCAGAGGGUGUAUCACGAUUAUGGGCUGGUUGCUAUCCCACGGUCGUCCGCGCCAUGGCGCUCAACUUUGGGCAGCUGGCUUUCUUCUCGGAGGCGAAGAACCAGCUCAAGUCUACAUCUCUUUCGCCGAACACGCAAACGCUGACUGCAUCGGCAGUCGCUGGCUUCUUCGCCAGUUUCUUCAGCUUGCCGUUUGAUUUUGUGAAGACUAGGCUCCAGAAGCAGACUAGAGCGGCGGAUGGAAGUCUGCCAUAUAAGGGCAUGUUCGAUUGCUUCAAGCAAGUUGCAAAAGACGAAGGUCUGUUUAGAUUUUACAGAGGAUUCGGUACAUAUUAUGUGCGUAUCGCUCCGCAUGCGAUGGUAACGCUCGUCGUCGCGGAUUACCUCGGCUUCAUCACCAAAUAA